AUGGAAAAAGGAAUAAGCGAGGGGUGGUACCGCUCACGUGACGCUGUUUGUGCCUUCCAAGACCUUGCAUCCGUGUCUUCCCAAGAAGCUCAUGACAAGCUUUCCGACGCGGCCAAAACCACAGGUGCAGCACUUGUUUCCAACUUGCCUACGCGACCCCCCAUUGCAGCGAUCCAGCGCCUCUUUGAGAAAUUAUACGCAGACAGCUCCCUUGCUUCGCGCCUGAACGCUACAUAUCCUAAGCGUGGCGUCUUCAAGGACGCUUGCUUGGCACCUGGCGCAUCUACAAAGAUCGACCAGAAGACGACAAUUGACCUCUCCAUCGGCCGCCUGCAGUCUAUUCGCCAGUCGGACCCAACUCUUGCAGAAGCUUUGGGCCAAGAUUUCGACGACGUUGUAAGCUUCUACACCUACAUCGAGACUGAGGUACUUCCUAUCGUCACGCGAGCGACAUCCUCCAUUAGCGGGCUUGAUUUGGAGCCCACUCACAACGGGACCAACAACCACCUCCGUUUGAUCGACUAUUUCUCUUGCCCAGAACCGUCUGCACCUAGGUGCGGUGAACACCGCGAUUACAACACGUAUACAAUCGUGUUCCAAGACCGCGCCGUAGGCGGGUUGGAGUUUGAGAUUGACGGUACCUGGAAGCGUGUCCCCGCUAGCGUGGAUGCUGUUAUAUCCUGGGGCUGGUGCGGUGCGAUCUUGUCCAACGACGCCGUGAAAGCCGCCAAGCAUCGUGUACUACGAACCUGGCCGCUGGCCAGCCGAAGGACUACUGCUGUUGUCUUCGUGGCACCCGAUCUCGACACUGCACUUACGCCUGUGACUAGAGCCGGAACGGGGGAUGCAGGAUGGCGUCAAGAGAUACUGGAAGGACGCAUCACUGUUGGGGCUUUCAAGGAGAUUAUAUCCAAGAAAUGGAGGAGACGCGAUGGCAACGAGCCUGGAGAAGUUGUCCAAGGGGCACAGGACCAGGAAGUUCAAGAAUUCCUCAAGCCUUUGCAAUCCUAA